GCAAAAUAGCUUUUUGGGAUGUCUAAGCCCUUUGAAGCUACUUGGUUCAAUGUGGAUGAAGACUCAAGAAGAUGUUUCUUAGACUUAGCAAUUACAGAGAACCUGAAAACGAUGGUUAUAUAUUUGUUUAAGAGGAUGAGCUAGAAAAGAGUAUUCAUAUGACUUGACAAAAACAAAAAGGCUUCGAUUGAUACGGUUAUGAGAAAACUUGGACUAGUAAUUGUAUAUAUAGGUGGAAUGGAUAUGAGGAAAGUCUUCGGUUCAGUAAAUGGGUGUCAAAGAGAAACUGAUAUAGGGGCCCAUUAGACAGACAUUUUCUCCUUGGAACACCAUGGGUUUGUAUUCCUUCUCCCUACUGAUUAUUAUGAAGAAUUCACAUGUAGCUACCAAACUGUAUCUGCAUAAACACACAUCAUACCCUACCUCAUCCAGAUUACAGAAAAUAGACAACCCAUAAGAAGCAAAAAAUAGGUUUGCUCACAAGAAAUCCUACUUGGAAGAUAAGCCUGGUAGAUUAUGGACAUGAAUAAGACAUGAAGUUUUUUGCUGUUGACAAAUAAAUAACCAGACAAAUGGGACCCAAUACAAAUUUUUGGAUCACAAGAUCAUGAUAUCUAUUGCAGCAACUACCUGCUACCAUUCCUACUUCUAAUCUUAAAUUAUAAGAUCAAUUAAGACUAAUGCCUGGGACACCUAUAUCUGUAUCAUUUUUCAUGUUUCCUAGAAACUUUGCAUCUGCAUGCAACUCUUGCAUUAUUGAUAAUUAGUUGGAAGACAAGACCAUCUGAUCUCUUCAAGUCACCAACCCUAAUAGUAGACCCCAUCCAAGAGCCACUCACCAGUCAUUCCCUAUAACAAAGAUGAUUUCCUGCAGAGUUUUGGAACUAUAACGACACCUAAUAUUUGCAUUCUUGAGAAUAAAAGUAUACCACAGAGGACAUGGGGCAGCAUGUUUUUCCAACAUAUCUCUAAAUCAUAACAAGUCAGAAGGCAAUCCCAUGUGAUACCUCAUGAGCCCAUGUCCCUGACUGGAAUACCACUUUCCAAACAAAUGUUGCAAAAGGAAAUACAAGCCAUUUCAAAUAUUUAUAAAUACAUGCUGAAUUAGCAAUCCAAAUCAUCACAUCUUCAAGUAGCAAAGCUUACCUUUAACAAGUCCUUUGAGUCUAUUUUUCUUCAACUUUAGACAUGGGUUUCCGUCUGCCUGGUGUAGUUUCUUCUAAGAUGCUUAAACGGUCUUUUUCAAGCUCAAAGAAAGGUGACUCAAUUGCAGUUGAUGUCCCCAAAGGCCAUUUGGCAGUUUAUGUUGGAGAGACAGAAAAGAAGCGGUUUGUGAUUCCUGUUUCAGUCAUAAACCAGCCUUCAUUUCAAGACUUGCUAAUUCAGGCUGAAGAAGAAUUUGGAUUUGAACAUCCAAUGGGUGCUCUAACUAUUCCCUGUGGAGAAGAUACCUUCAUUGAUGUCAUCUCUGGCUUGAAUGUGCUAUGAGGAUGGCAAUGUUAAUGGACGAACAUACAAGGUUAAAUUUUGUAGAGCAGAAAUUUUGCAAUAACAUGUUUUGCAAUUUUUUUCUUCUCUUUCCUCUGUGGAGUGGUUAAAGGCUCCCGUGGAUGAGAAAUGUAUGGAAAGAUAUAUUACAAUUGUUAUUGUAACUUUUUUUUUCUUAUAUAUAAUCAAUUUUGAAAU